CUAAUUCGAGUUCUUUCUAAUUAGGGACAUCCAUCGCCCGAUUUCAUUCGCUGCACGAGUCCGAUCGGGGGAUUCUUACCGCAGCUCGUCUCCCUAACGGUACGGAGGGGAAGCUUUCUCGCCGAGAGAUCGAUGGGAGCCCUUCGAAUCAAGUUUUCUGUUACGAUCACUUGUCUUUUCGCGUUGUGGAUCGCUGGAUUCGCUUCUCUCCCGGCCCGCGAGUUUCUGGGAAUCGCUCCCCAAGAUGAGGGUUACUAUAAGUCGGACGUGAUCAAAUGCAAGGAUGGGGCCAAGAAGUUCACCAAGCAGCAGCUGAAUGAUGAGUUCUGCGACUGUCUUGAUGGAACUGACGAGCCGGGGACAUCAGCCUGUCCAGAAGGCAAAUUCUACUGCCGGAACUCGGGUCACAUUCCACAGAUUAUUUUUUCUUCCCGGGUGAAUGAUGGUCUUUGUGAUUGCUGUGAUGGAAGUGAUGAAUACAAUGGCAAUGUAAACUGCUCAAAUACAUGUUGGGAAGCUGGAAAAGCAGCACGAGAGAGAUUGAAGAAGAAGAUAGAAAAGCAUCAGGAUGGUUUAGUUAUCCGGAAACAAGAAGUUGAAAAGGCAAAACAAGAGUUUGUGAAAGAGGAGGUGGAGCUAUCAAAACUGAAAAAUGAAGAGAAGAUACUUAAAGGACUAGUUGAGAAACUGAGAGAGCAUAAAGAAAGGAUAAAGAAAGCAGAGGAAGAAGAACGUUUGAAAAAGGAGAAGGAAGAGGCACAGAGAGUUGCUGAAACAAAGUCAAAUGAGCAGAAGCAAUUAUUAGAUGAAUAUCCAGAGGAUCUGCCUGAGAGGCCUCAUGACAAGCUGGAAAAGACUAGUCAGUACGUCAAAGAUGAUCAUGGUGAUUCCAUUGCAUAUGAUCAUGGUUCUGAUCAUAAAAGCCAUGAGGUACCUUCAGAUCAUUCAACAAAUCAGCAUGUCCUAGAAGACAAAGAUAUUACCACAGUUAAAGCUGGUGCUAAUGAGGAAACUGGAACCAAAGAGGUCCAUCCAGAUGAUGCUGCUGACCAGGUGCAAAGUCCUGAGACCACUGAGGGCUUAUCAAGAGAAAAAUUGGGUCGUCUUGUAGCCUCUAGAUGGACUGGUGAACUCUCUGACAAACAGACAAAAGAACACAACGAUAAAAAUGAGGAAGAGAAAGAAAAUCAUGAUUUUGCCGAGAGUGGGGAAGAAGAAAACUAUGACAGUUAUUAUCACUCUGACACUGAUGAUGAUAGGCAUCAGUAUGACGACGAGGAUGAUGACAAUGAUUUUCAAGAUGAUGCUGAUGAGCCAUAUGGCAAAGAUGAAGUCGAAUAUGAUGAUUCCAGUUACACUGACAAAGAUUUUACAUCAGAGUCUCCAGAUACAACUACUGGUAGCCUAUCAUGGCUGGAUAAGAUACAGCAUACUGUUCAAAAUGUCAUUCAAGCAUUCAACUUUUUCAGGACUCCUAUAGAUAUAUCAGAGUCUUCUCGAGUGAACAAGGAGUACGAUGAUGCCAGCUUAAAACUAUCCAAGUUACAAUCAAGGAUUUCCAGUUUAUCCGAGAAGCUAAAGCAUGAUUUUGGGAAAGAGAAAGAGUUUUAUUCGUUUUAUGAUCAGUGCUUUGAGUACAAGCAGAACAAGUAUGUCUAUAAGGUCUGUCCAUUUAGAAAAGCUUCCCAAGUUGAAGGGCAUAGCACCACACAAUUAGGGCGAUGGGCAAAUUUUGAGGAAUCUUACAGUGUGAUGCAGUUUUCAAAUGGAGAAAAAUGCUGGAAUGGUCCUGAUAGGAGUUUAAAGGUAAGACUCAGAUGCGGCUUGAAAUAUGAACUUGCAGAUGUUGACGAACCAAGCCGAUGCGAGUAUGUUGCAAUUCUCUCAACUCCUAUCUCGUGUCGAGAAGAAAAGUUGAAGGAACUGCAACAAAAACUUGAGGAUUUGAACAAAAGCCAACCCUUGGCUCAUGACGAGCUAUAGUUUUCAUGAUUUGCAAGAUCUUGGAAGUUCCGGUCACCCCUUGACUUAGGUUUGAAGAACAACACACCUCCUACUUAUCGACAAUCAACUGCUAUUUAUUGAGAAAGCAGCAUGCCGCACCGCCUGUUAGUUUUCAGGCUUGCUUCUUUUGAUGUAAUUUUUAUCUGCUUCCAGUUUCACUAGUGACUGAUUAGAAAUAGAGGCAAGCUAUGAGUAACCUUUUCUUUGAAUUCUGCUAUGGCAUCCGUGGAUUUAUUGUGUUUUUUAUAUAGCUGGCGAAAGCUCCAUGUAGAGUAGUUAUACUUGAGACGGCUGAUUCCUGGAGAAACAUAAACUGGAGCCUAAAAGGGUCUGCAACUUGAGGAUUGGAAUGGCAUCAUAUUUUGGCUGCUUAAUCAAUGUAUAUGAAUAAUACUAUGAUAGUUUGUUGACACCUUAUGGUCUUCUUUGAUGAAUUUGUGUUCUAAAAUUCA